GCGAACAUCGCGCCGCAACUCGUGCCUGCGAGUUCCAACCUCACCGAGGUAGAUGAGAUUUUCCACGCAGCCCAAACCGCCUCUCUCGCGACGCUCGUGUCUCCUCGCUGGUAGCCACAACUUUUUCAACACAUAAGCCGCCCAACAUGGACUACGAUCCGAUGGUGAUGGACGACGAGGCGUUGGGGCCCAUGGUCAAAAUCUCCCAAGCAGAUUCGGUGCGAGUCAAAUAUGAGCUCUCAAAUGUCGACUUAGCCUUCGCCAACUCGCUGCGCCGCGUCAUGCUCGCCGAGAUCCCCACAAUAGCCAUCGACCUGGUCGAGAUCGAGGAGAACAGCUCCGUGCUCGCCGACGAGUUUAUCGCGCACCGCCUGGGCCUCAUCCCUCUCAACUCCGAGGGUGUCAAGGAUAUGCUCACCUCGCGCGAGUGCGACUGCGACGGCCGCUGCGAAAACUGCUCGGUCACGCUCACGCUGCACGCGAAGUGCACCGGCGAGGAGAACAUGCACGUCUUCGCGCGAGAUCUGGUGCCGACCGGCGAGCGCAUCAAUCAAGUCAUCGGCACUCCGGUGCUCUCGGAUGCGGAGGGCCUUGGGCCGCUCAUCCUGAAGCUUCGGCCCGGCCAGGAGAUCAAGCUCGAGUGUAUCGCCAAGAAGGGCAUCGCAAAGGAGCACGCGAAAUGGGCCCCAUCAGCAGCCAUCGGAUUCGAGUAUGACCCACACAACAAGCUUCACCAUCUAGAUUUGUGGUACGAGCAAGAUCCGAAGGCGGAAUGGCCGCCGAGCGAAUACGCCGAGUGGGAGGAGCCCCCGCAGGAAGGCGAGCCGUUUGACUACGACGCUGUGCCCAACCGAUUCUACUUUAACGUCGAAAGCGCCGGCAGCCUCCCGCCCGACGCGAUCGUCAUCGAGGGCAUCCAAGUAAUCCAGCAGAAGCUUGCUUCGCUCAUCAAAGAGCUCUCCGCGGGUGAAGGUGGCGACGGCAUGAACGGCGACUACAACGGCCCUCGAAGCCCAGAGUACGCUACCGGCGCCGACGGCUUCGGGGGUUACACCACCCCGUUUGGGAACGGGGGCAACCAGAGCUCGUGGGGUGGCGCCGGCGGGACGACACCCUACGGGACAACGCCUUACGGUGCUGGCCAUAGCGGCUGGUCGUGAGCUACGCGGCAGCUUCUGACGACGGCAAAUCAUAUUUGCACGGUGCCGUCCACUCCCAAGAAGCACGCAGGGCUUGUUCGGGAGGGCAUUCGCUGCGGAAAAGGCAGCCGACCUGGGGAGGGGACCCUACGUGACCUGGGUUCCUCUUGUCCAGACGCAUCACCUCCGGCAGGACGUCCACUUGCCCGUGUAUUAUCCGCACAGCAACACGUGCACCACCGACAGCCUGCUCAACGCACGCCAUGUGAGGGCCAUCUGGAUAGCAGGCUGUCCCUUGUUCUUUGUGUGUUGUAUAUCAUUUUUAGAUACCAGCAGGCGCUAGG